GCUGCCGCUGACGAAAACAAGAGAAAUCGAGACCACUCCAACACGCACAGAGUUUCUAAGCGACAGCGGCGUGAAACGCUAGAAAUAAGGCAACCCGAGGAUGUAGGUAUAGUCCCCUAGAGCGCAACAUUGUCGAAACCUCGUUGUCGUCCUCUCUCUUUCUAAUUAAGAAAAACAAAAAAAAGAACAACACAAAGAAAGGGGGAGAGAGACACGCACGUCUUCGAACGGAACCGCACCUUCCUGACGAACCCGAACGACCAAGAAGAGCAGCUGGAGAAGACCGACAUUCCGGAGGAGAGAGAGAUAAAAAAUAGACGCAGCGGAGGCACAGUCCAGCGAGCGCGAGACUUUUGCUGUCACAGCGUUGGACGCGCAACGCCCGUGAGCGAGGCCGGCCACCCGGGGGGAGCGCACGUGGACGCAACCGCGCACCAGCAGCGGACGACGCAGGCCCGCCGAACCAUUGCCGCAGGGUGUUCGAGCACUGCCGAUGACUGCCUAACGCUGCGGCUGGCACGGCGGGAUGGCGCUCCUGUACCGCUUCACCCGACUCAACGAUCGCUCCAACACGGGAGUGUUCACUUUCAUCGCCACGCGGUCCGUCACACGAGACCUGCACCGGGACGCCACCACCAAAGACUUUCCCUUCGCCUACCACCGAUGGGCCGUCUCCUUUGUCCGCACGGACAAGGUGCUCGGAGUGUUGCUCCGCAUUCGGAACGCUGCUCCAGGGUGGAAGUGCUACCUGGAUUUCACAUUCACCUUGCUCAAUCGCGAGCACUUCUCGAAGAACGAAGCCCUCUCCGAAAAGCAGGUUCGCUUCACGGCGGAAGAAUCGACGCAUGGCGCUGCGCGUUGGAUCCUCAUCUCAGACCUACAGUCGCGGCGCUUCUCGGACGAGACGGGCGAAUUCCUGCUGGAGCUGUCUUUGGCCAACGCCAUGACGGUGUUCGAGACGGACAUCCGGGUGCCUCCGCAGCUCCUCAAUCACCACCACCACCAUCACCACCACCACAGGGGCAGCGGUGCGGGACAGCAGAAAGACUGGGGCCCCGUCGGCUCAGCGCCCGGCACGCCAACGGGAUCGGGAGCAGCGCAGCCCCCAAGAAUCGAGUCGUCCUACUUUUGCUUCGGAGGUUUCGACUGGAACAUCGUGCUGCUGCCGGACGGUUCGCCCGAGGAUGGCGACAAUGGCCGGCCCCGGGUGCUCCUCAUCAGGCACACAGGCUUCGACCACCCGUGCCGUGUGCAGUACCGAGUGGUGCUGGGUGAGGGCGACCGGCGCGUCGACUCCGGCGUGCUGGACCAGAUCUCGGACCUCUCGGGCCGCAUUCGGGGCUUUUCUCUGGGCGCUGCUGGCCCCGCUGACCUGGUGCGUCGCGGCACACUCAGGCUCCAGCUGCACAUGCUGUCCGCCAACGCCAUAUCGGAGGCCAAGGUGUCGGCGACUGCAAGCCCGCUGGCUGGUGUGGAGCCGUGCGUGCCCGCGACGGCCAACUGCUACGACCGGGACAAGCAGGCGUGGUGCGUCGAGGCUGACAUGGAGGGCGAGCGCUUGCGAUUGAAGCUGUACUACGCUGAGCUGCAGCACAUCCCCGUGGGCCACCUGCGCUACGUGGCCUGGAACGCGUACCUGGUGCGCCGCCAGCCGGGCUCCGGGGCGCGCGAGAGCGUGCUCGCGCUGCGCGCUCCGCACUCCAGCUACUACGUGCACGACGGCAUGGACGUCGCCGUGGUCAUGGAAACCGACGUCUCCGUGCGGCAGAUUCGCGAGUCAGCCGGCAUGUAUUUGGACGCCGCCGGAAACCUGACUGUGCACGUGGAAUGGCUCGACUCGCAGCUCCUGUUCGGGGCCACGUACCACAAAUAUGACGACAUUGCGCGCACCCAGUGCCACCAAAUGAAACGCGAGAUCGCCGCCCUCCAGGCUGAGAACUACAACCUGGAGCGGCAGGUCUUCAGCUACCAGAAGUCCAUCUCGUACGCGAGCGCCCGGGGCCAGCCGUCCGAGGACCUUCCCGACGACUACUACGCCAGCACCGUGCGACGGCUCUCCGAGACGCAGAGCCUGUCUGAGUCCGAGUAUGCCUGACGAGCCCCUGCCGCCAUCCAGAAUAGCGAGCCCGACACCGCCGCCGCCACCGUUCGGCGUUCCGCACAAUCGCCAUCCCGCUGCCUUCAAUGCGAGCGGCACGCCUGGGCGCCGUCGCCGCCGCCCCUGCACCCGCCCAGAGCCCGGGCCAUCCGCCGCUGAGUGUGCGCUCGGACACGCCUCUUCGACGCCACCUGUUCACCCCCACAUUCCUCCCUGGGGGACCACUCAUCAUCCACCACAUCGCCCAUCACGUCCACCGUCGGCGCCUCCUUAUAGGGGCGACGAAACAAUGCCGAUGUCGCACUACUUGCACCGACUCAGCGUUAGCUCGUGCCCAACUGCUUGCUGCUGCGCGAAAUGUGUCAACCUCUGAGGCUUCGCUAUUGUCGCCAAAAAGAAAGAAAGCACGUCUUCGGGCAACUGUGGUCCUGGCUGUGAACAACAGAAAAGGUUCAUAGAGGUGAAAUUUGCGCCUAAUCCAACCAAGAUUUCCAGCUUGCGACUCCUUGUCGGGAAUUUGUCCCCGAAAAUACUUUGUGUGACUGUUGAGCCGUUUCGGGGACCUGGAAACAGGUUUUCGGCAUAAGACAUUGUCUUUUGAUUUCAGAUUACAAAAGAAAGGGGAAAAAAAGAAGGCUGGUGAACUUAACAUUCUGCGCUGCUAAAGUUCUAACUUCAAAUUUCUCAAAUAUAACUGCGACCACAUGUAUCACAUCUAAUGACAUUAGGACAAGAUGAAUACUUGUGACGUAAAACGCAGGUUGUGUAGCACUGAUUCAAUCUGAAUGUUUUCUUGUGGGUGUUUUUUAUUAAUUGUUCUCCUGUGUUUUUCUUUUCCUCUCUCUACCAAACAAGAAAGCUUUCUUUUCUGAGCUAUGUUGCACCGAACAGAUUAGGCGAGGCCUGACAUAUAUUUAAUCACUCGAAAUGCACUCGUCGUGGUGACUCAGUGGCUGUUCCAUUGAGCUGCUCAGCACGAGGCUGUGGGUCCGAUUCCCGGCCGCUGCAUUAUCUUUCCGACAGAGGGGGAAUGCAAAAACGCCCGUGUACUAACAUUUUGAUACGGGUUAAAAAAAAAGAAAACGGUGUGGUCGACAUAAAUGUGGAGCCGUCACGAUACAGCGUCCCUUAUAGCCCAUAUGUGUAACUUUAACUCCAGUUCGAAAUUAAUAAUUCAUUAGAAAUUAGUUCUUCAUGAGUGGUACCGUUGUUACAUUUCCUGGUUUGUUUGCCCAAACCAAAGCAAAACAAAACUUAUUUUUAAUGGCUCAGCAGCCAUUGCUACCAUGAUGCUACCAUGAUGCACCAAAUAAAGCUGAGUAUAUGCAAUUUUUCGGCUGGAUUACGACGCAAAUUGCAGCUCCUCUAACCUGUAACAGACAAGCUGGAUCACGACAACCCUGAUGACGUUUUACUACAGAGCGUACUGAUUGACCAUCACCAAAAAUGGUCUGUGCCAUUAGAAUCAUUGGCCGUUUCCGGAACACAAGUUAGGAUGGCAAUGAGGAAAACUGUGCUACGAUUAUUUCUUGGGCAUCCCUGAAACGUCUUAUUGUUAUUGAGGAAAAAGAAAGGUAUAUUAAAUAUUCCCUUCGCAGUGAUACUUCCCUGUUGCGCACGCGGGGAUUAGGGUGUGUUUCUUUGUUCUUCCGCCUGAACUAUAUCCUCGUGGAACGGGAUGGAGUCUUUGCUUCGUGCAAGCAGUGCGACCUGGAAACGCAUAAGCUUCGUACCUGUCCACUAUUGGAGCCGGGCGAUUUUACUCGCCAGCUCUUGCCUGUUUGAUGCCUGAAUUCCUGGUUGUCGUUUCGUGAGUCCGCUACAAUGGAAGUUUCAAGCUUUUAUGUCGACAACGGAUUCACCGACACUAGGCUGGCAUUCAUCGAGUUUUAUCUGCAUGGAGCGUUGCAUGACGAAUUAUACGCUUCGGCUUAAUAAUUCUACCCACAUAGCAAGGCCGUUUGAUGUGUGUUGUCGUGAAAGAGCCUCCAAUAUCACCUAACACCUUCAACUAUAGUUGCGGUUGUAUGCUUAAGAUCCGUUCGACUGUCAAAAGGUCACAAUACUUAACAAGGCGCCCUUGUAGCAGCGUGGGUUAAAAUCUUCGCACUAGUUAUUUAAGUACAUUCCACCGUGCUUUUUGCAGACUCAAGCAGGAGUGCGCUGCCAAUAAAAUAUUCUUAAUAAAGCUUUCACUUCACAUCUCUGGCAAUACUAGACGUAAAGCACGUGUCGAUGUGUUAGACAAGGCUUGUUCACGCGCUGCCCGCCCAAUACUCUCCGGAUUUCUUACACACCAUUCCUGUCGCCCGUUUUUAAACCCUUGUUAUUUCACCCGUACAAUGAACGCAAGAUUCGGUUCAGGAAGUCGUGGCAGGUCGUGCGCAGGUUCCCCUUCGUGGAAUUGACCAGUCGUUGAUGGAAAUUCUGCCGCUUUGCCUAAUUGCUGCCGGCUCUCGGUGUGCGAUUUUUGUAGGACAAGUCGCGUCGACAAAGAGCUCGCGUAUGAUGGAGCACAGUGCUGCAGAGGCAACGUAUUACGUGCGCCGAAUUGUUGUAUGUGCCAAGUACGAGCAUUUCGCUCUUUGUUUAUUAAACUUGAAAAAGUGGUGAUCGGAACAAACCUCGCGCUAUAUAGCUAGCUAAAUGAGCGCGCGUGUUCUGGGAGAAGCCUGUGUAUACCGACUUUUGGUUUAUACUCAUGCAUAAUAUAAUAAGAGGAGUAGCUAUCGGCUGAUCAUCUAUCGAUAACUAUACUAGAGAGAAAAUGUGCCUCCCGUGAAUUUUAUUUUGGCCGUCUUUUUUCACCGCUGUCAAAGUCUGUCGUGCGCCUUCAAGGAAGUCUGUGUUCUGUUGGCUUCGCUAAAAAAGAAGAAAAAAAUAUAAAAAAUAAUUAUAUCUAGAAUCUCUUUGUGCCAUGCACGUGCAAGAUACUUUCAGCAGUGUCGACAAACCAGGUUCUUGCAGCGCAGGCUAAUGUUUGUGAAAAUACAAGGUGUCAGGGUUGUUGUGAAAAAAAAAAGAAAUAGUUUUGUAUUCUUUGUUUUUCUCUUUCCAGCACUCCUACAAUUUUCUUUUACUCUGUUUCGAGCAUUUUAUGGUGUGAUGUUUCCUACAUAUUGUGAACAGAUGGACUCAUUAGUGACGUUUACGGAAUAUGCUGUUUCUGGUUAUUAAAUUUUGCGCUCUAUCGUGUAGUUGUGGCAAGCUACCGCAGAUGCCAUGAGAAUGUUUUUAGACUAAAAGUGCCCGGCUUUACAAUCGGCACACCAGAAACGUAGGACGCUUAAUACGCGACCAAAUCUUGUUCUCCAGCUUCUUUUCUUUUUUUCGAACUUUCAUCAGGGUACGUAAUAUGAUCUUAAAGCGCGUAAACAAGUUCUCAGCAACAGGCAUCCCGGGAGACGGAUCUCUCUCGUGAAGCGGUAUCAUAGGGUCCUCAGCUCCAUCCCAGAAAGGCUUCCUUCACCCCAUUUCCCAUCAUCUCACACCGUUCUACACAGCGCCGUGCUUUCAAGCUCACUUUGGUCAUGAACAAAAGAGUGCCUCCGGAAAUUUUUCUGCGCAGCCCUCACUUACACAGCUGGCAAUUUUGCUGACAUUGCAACUCAAUGGUGGCAGCGGCGUGUGUAAUUUUGAAGUUAUCCAAGCUGUUAACAUGCUGUUUUUGGAGCACUUUCAAAAACUUUGGGAGAUGCUGCAAUUUUUUAUCUUGCUUGCUUUCUCGCCGUUUUGAGCGUAAAUGCACUUUCUUUCAGCAGUAUCGUUUAGUGCGAGUGUCUGUAUUUCCUUUCAGCUCCUAUCGGCUGGUCUCCCCACGUUUUGGGUGAUGGCUUCUCUCAGUCACUCGGCUCGCUACCCGGAAAAGGUUGCCGACCGCUAUUGUAAGCACUUGAACUUGAUUAGACACAGGUGUUCCUUCACCCAUUUUCCACUGCCUGUGUGGUUUGUUUAUGAGUCAAAAUUGAACUCUGAGGAACCUUUGAAAGUAUUUAUUAUGGUCCGUCUUGACUGCUUGUGUUUGUAAACGAACAAAAAUUUACGUAGAUGUCUGUGAAGUAGCGCCAUUAAUCAAGGACAAUGCACAUAAAAUGGUUCAGACUGCUAAAGCUGCAUAAAUCUUCCUCCAUCAUGGUUGAGUGGAAAGAGUAUUAUAAUGUGUUCAGCUAACCAUCAUAAAUCGCCAACUGAACUAUGCGAAAAAAGGUCUGCGUAUGAACUCAGAUCGUUUUCGAGCUAGCCAAAAUAUUUUUACAUUAUCAUGACAAAAUUGAAGAGGGGUUAUAUUCCACAUUAUAAAAGUCUGUUCAUGUGUAACAAUUCGACGCUUUAUUGACAGUAUUACCUGUUUGGGAUGCUAUGAGACACAUGCUGGGGAGUGCGGGCGGUGGGGUUACCUUUUGGCACACAACACACUCGAUGCGUUUCGCCUGGAAUCUCCGGGGGCUUAAAGUACCUGCUUCUUUUUCGUAAACACCACAGAAUGCCUGCUUUUGUGUACGUCUUGUGUCCGCGAAUAUUGCGCCUGUGUUUGACUAUCGUCUUGUCAGCCGCUGCACGUCGAUGCGGCGUGCUGUGUACCACAUGCGCACCUGAAAAAAAAAUGUUGCAGUAAAAUAGUGACUGUGUGGCGUGUUGUUGUGUGUAAUAAUUAUUGUAGAUGUCACCGCUUUUGGCUGGAAAGAAGUAAACGACACACAAAUACUUGCAGAGGUCUAGCUUUUACACGACCUUGGUAGUAUGUUGAUGGUUCACUAUAUAUCACAUCCAGGACUUGCGAACACGUUUUGUUUUCUACUUGUUUCUGUAUUCGCUUGUCUCGUUCACGUUUGCAAACGAUUCCUAGUGACGCAAGGCAUUCGGGAAAGUCUUGGCGUUAAAAACGGCAACGCUGAUGAGAGUGCCAACAGCAGCAGCAGCGGAGCAGUGCUCGUUCGGGUUGACUGGUUCAUGCUUUGUCGGGGGAAUACGGACGCGGGAAGGAGAUCGAGAUCUCGGAUACCACUCACCCUCGCCCCCUUGUGACGUCGCCAUUGCCCUCAAGAAUGUGUGGCAGCUGUUCUGGAAUGGGUGCCUCACGCACCAUGACAAAUCGGGUUCAUUGAGUGAGCACGACAGAGGCCACGACAAUUACCUGGUCAAUCUCCGUAGGGCAGCCGUAAUUACUUGUCGAGCGAAAAAAAAAAAGAGUCAAAGUCUCUUUCCUUCGGCCGAGUGCCAUGGCGUGCGCUCGGCCGGUUGUUCCUCCGAACCUUGCAUGCUGAAGUGCCUCGACACCCUGUGGCGUGACGUCAAUUGUUUUUGCACUCGUGUUCCAAGUUCGGGCCGCGGGCUCCAUUGUGAAAUGUGGUAGAAAGAGUAGAUCUGGACGGACUGUCUCUGGGUGCACAGAUGGCGUCGCCUGCCCUAUGCGCCUGUCCAUCAGCCAUUAUGCCACAUCCACAGCCAAGCAUUUGUGUCACAAUAUAUCUUUGCUAACAGUAGAUUUAGCUUCAUUCUGCCGACGUACGCAGGGCCCAAUCAAACCUUUUAUUCUGUCAAGCCUGUACGAUGUCACGUUGGCGUGGCAAUGACGGAUUGCCCUAAGGUGCUUAGUCAAGUGUAUUUUUCCAUGUGCGCCUCGUUUAUUCUCAUCUUGGAGUAUCAAAUGACCCUUUUGUCUACUUUUAAUUGUGAAAACUUUCUUCAUCUGUCAUCUUGCAUAUGUUUGUGGCCGCUCUAGCAAGGUUGUAUUCCGUGUACUGUUGCAUUCCACUUCGCGCUACACACACCAUCCCUCACCUAGAUCACACCGGUUUGCAUCAUGCCGUUUGCCCCGGCUUUAUUUGCAAUAGAGAGCGAAUGCUCUCGCCAAACAUGUUUGUGAAUUUUCUCUAGUGCACAAAAGUCACCAUACUCUUGUACAGCAUCACCUGGACCAAAUGAAGGCAUCAAAUGCUGUACCCAAGGAACUUCACUGCGCACACCAUUGCAGAUGGAUCACAGUUCUUAAAAAAGUUAAUUUACUGCUGGCGAUGAGUAUUCAGGCAAGAUCGCCUACGAAAGCCUCAAAGGAGCUUUCCUUGAAGCGCCCAGUAAAUACACGACUAACGAACCAGCGUAAUACUUUUGAGUAGAUCUUAGGUCAAAAUCAUUUCAGCGGGCAAUUGGGCGGUGGGGAAACGUCUUUUACUUCGCAUCAAAACCGCAUGCUUAGCUAGUUUUUCUUCAUGCAACAUUCUUAUUUUUUGUAUCAUUCUUAAUAGAUGUACGCUGUGUUGCCGACAAAAUCCCCAAUCCUACUUUUAUGCUGCAAAUAUAGAUUAAUAUAAUUAUUAAAUACCACAUAAAAUAACACAUUAAAAUGGUGUAUAGAGCUCACUUUUCUCUAUAAGCAAGUUUUUGCUUUUUUUUUCAACACUUAGAGCAGGUGUUUAAAUAGUAGCCGCACGUCACGCUUCGGAUGCUUUUGCAGAACAGACACAACCGCAUGAAAACUGCAUCUUGUAACAGACUCUAGGAGCCUGUAAAGGAGCAGGGUAGGAAGAGGCGAAAAAAAAAGUGUUGUAGAAAAAAUAUGUAUUUUCAUCUUGACAGCGAACAUGAAUCCUCUGGUUUCUCUUUCGAAGCGCCCGACUUCCGUUGUUACAAUCGAACUCCACUCUCCUGAGGCAAAAUAUUGGCUAUGCUCGCCCCAUAGUUACCAAAAUGAACCCUUGCUAGUAUUGUUGUUGUUUGGGCUCGUGGUACACCGUUACAGCAGCGCAAAAUACAAACGCUCACUCGUUGCUAUGGCACUCGGUGGUUCUUCGAAGUCUGUAAAUUGUGCGCAGAUAGCUUGUAAUCGAAAAUACCCAAAUUUAAAGCGUAAAAUUUAGUUAUCUAACGACUGUGAUAAAUUUGUCUAUUUGUUAUUGCUACCUAUCUAAAUUAUGUAUUUUGAGUGUUCUUACUGUUGUAAUCAACGUGCACACCGAAAAAAAGUUUACAUUGGCCAUGCUCUGUUUCGCAGCCUCUUUUUCGGUGCGUGAUACAUUUCUGGUACUUUUCACGGUAGUAAAGUUGUUGGAACCACUUCUUGUCCUUUUCUACUUGCAUUAUGCAAAUAGAAAGUAGGAGAGGUAUAGUGCACCGCUCUUCGUUGAGCGGCACACCUAUCGCACCUGUUGAAGUUAACCGAUGCGGCUACAGUCAAAGUUUUUUUUUUUUUUUUUGCCCGCAGCUAACACGCUCAAUCAUCAGUUUGCAAAUGGCAGUGACGCUUUAACCGUGUCAAGUCAGAAGUGUACGUACGAUUCUCUCGAAGGCUGUGCCUCAGCAGAAGCCUGCUGUCGUCUGCGCAUAUGCGGUAAUACUCGAAAAGAGCUUCUGUGCCACAAAAAGUGGAUACUGAAACACACGUGCAUUUUUUUUUUUACGGGAUUCACCGACACAAGUGUUAUUUUCUUACUAUUCUCGUUAACUUCCGGCUGAAUGGACAAUUGGGACUUCACUCUGCCAUUGUAUUUUCUCUCGUUUCCAAGCUUUAUUUCAUUUUCACUUCUUGUUUCGCUUUACUGUUGUGACUUAAACUGACGCAAAAUGCACUUCCUAUGUCGGUGCCUGCAGGAGGGCAGUUUCGUACAGUUUCAGAAUCUUGUGAAGAGAAUCCCAGGCGUGGUCGAUCUGUGGAAUCUAUUAUACAGUUAACCCUGUAAUGCCCAACGUAUGAUUUUUGCUACGCUUAUCUGAUACCUGAAAAUACUUAUUUCAGCGCAGAAGACUUAACGCAGUUUUGGAUACGCUGGAGCAAGUUUUCAGUUGUAAAAGAGUUGUGCAAACCAACUACUAAUUAAAUCAUUACUAUACUAAUUAACUUCCUACUCUAGUACCAUUUCAUUAGUUUUUGUAUACAUGUAUUCUCCAUUGCCAGAAAUAAAGGUGAACAACUUGUUCUGAUUUUCCUUGACGUGGAACUGCGUUUCAGCAGUACGGCAUUAAAAAGUCAAAAGGAUUGCCUAGAAUGUUUUAUACCGGCUGCUGUCAUCUUACCAAUAGAAUGUGCGCCUGGAUUCUAAUGUUUUGUUACAUGGCGCGUGUGAAACGUGGAUUACCUAUGUGUCACCAAGGCCCAUCUUGUUUUUGAAUCUUUCUUGGGCUCUCUUAGCUUUGUAGGGUACCUGCAAAGUUUGCUUCUUUCUGUGCUGUUCGCCUUUGAGCUUUGUAACCAACCACAUUGUGCACAUGUCCUAUGGAAUAUGUGAACUUCAAGCAACAGAUUGUGGUGAAUGUCAUUUUGGUUUUAUCUCCAUGUUGUAACGGACAAGCGUUCCCAUGCUACCAAAAGGCGGCGUUCAGCCGGUGAUGCGCGUCGCCAGCGAGACGGCUGUCCGCUGGAUUGCCUGAGAUAACGAGUGCAAUGUACGGUGCUCGCCGCCAUUUUUACAGCCAGGGAAUGCCUGCCGAGGUAUCCAAGUUGCGAUAACGCCGACAGCACUACAUAUAGAUAUAUUACAUGACGUCACUUCUUACCCCUGCAUUGUUGAAAUAAACUGUU